CUGAUAAUCAAAUUACAAAGCAAACUAUCAAUUAUAAUAAUAUUAAUGAAUCAAAAGUACGAAAUAAUGCAGACUGUAAAGCUAUUUCAGAAUUUAUUUCAGUAAAAGCAACUAUUUCUCCCGGUACUUCUGCCAUUUCUUAUAAUGAAGUUGAAAAAUUACAAAUAUUACUUAGUAGAAGAAAAAGUGAUAUUGACUGUAUGUUGAAAUCACAACCUAUUUAUGGGAUAGGAAUUGAUUUUCAAAAAUUUUCUGCUAAACCAUGCAUUAUUUGUUGGGUUAUUAAACCUCUUGAUAAUUCAGUCUUAGAAUGUCUUGAAACUAUGUUUGAUGAUCAAUAUGAAAUUAUAUAUCAAGUAAUUCCUAUAAAUAAAUCAAGUAAUGGUGACGAUAUUAAUGAAAAUAAUAGUAAAAAUAGUAAUUUUUAUAGUAGUAGUAAUGAUGACGGAAAUAGUGAUAAUGGUAAUAGUGAUAAUAAUGAAAUUACUCGUGAACUUCAUGAAAUGACAGUUAGAAACCUAAAAUUUGAUAUUGAAGUAAAUGAUUGUGGAAUAGGAAAUAUGCUUAGUAAUAAUUGUCAAUCACUUAAAAAUCAAGGUGUUGGUUACUUACUUCAUUCUAUUAAAGUUCGUGUUUCUUCAAUACCUGAAAAUGCAUUCGUGGUAGUAGGUGAAUCACAGCCAAAGCAGCAAUACCCAGUGAUUGAAGUUUCAAAUAGUGUGGAAAAGGGUUUUAUGAUAGCAUUUUCUAAUUUAAUAGGUAAUAUAAAAAAGGCUCACAAUGUUAAAUCCACUUUAAAUAAAUGGAAUAUAAAGAAAGUACGUGAUCGUAAAGGAGAGUGCUGGUCACAUCAACAUAAUGACAAUUAUCCUGACGAAGAUAAUACUAAUAGGGGAGGUCAUUCUCCCGGAUUUCAUUCUGGCCAUUGGCAUAUGAAGGAAAGGAUGAAUGGAUUUUGUAUUAAUAUUUCUCAAGAAUUACAUUUUCAAUAUAAGAUAUUUAGAAAGUUCAGAACUCUUCCAAAUACAAAACCAAAGCUAUUACCGUGCCCCAAGAUGGCUCAUAACCUAGAAAUAUCGUUUAACGAUCUUACAAAUUUUAAUGAAAAAUUAGCAAAUAUCAAAAAGCACUAUUAUGAAAAUGACGAGAUUAAAAUUAUUGUUGGAAAUAAUGAAGAGGAGAAAAUAGAAGAAAGCUUUCAAAAUUUGGAUGGAAACAUCAAACGUUCGAAAUUAGUUUUAACAUGA